AUGUCUUACAAUUGCAGCUCUGGAAACUUCUCUUCUUGCUCUCUUGGAGGUUACCUGGGGUACCAAGUUCCCACCUAUAAUGCUUUCUACCCCAACAAUGUAGUCUACUCUCCCAGAACCUUCCAGGUGGGAUCUUCUAACUAUAAUCUCUCUCAGGAGAACUUCUGUGAGCUCCCCAGCUUCCAAAGACCCGGUUUUGUGGGCAGAUCCUUCCAGACGUCCUGCUAUCACCCAAAGAAUCUCAUCCUCUGCAGUCCCUGCCAGACAAAUUUCACUGAAUCUCUGGGAUUUGGAAACAUCGGCUUUGGAUCUUUUGGCUAUGGAAGCACUGGCUUCCAAUCUCUGGGCUGUGGGUCCAGCUUCUUCCGCCCUACUUACUUUUCUUCCAGGAGUCACCAGUCAACUUGUUACCAACCAGCCUUUGGAUCUCGCUUUUUUGGAUCAGCUUACUGAAUAUCCCCCAUUCUCUCAUGAUCAUCUCUACACACUUUAAGAAUCUUCAACACUCAACCUGGCCAGUAUCUGUGACUGAUGACCAUCUGUAUCACCAAGACUCAACACCAAGUCCUUCUGUAUAUGACUUACUAUGGACAAGUAUAUGAUUUAUUCUGGACAUAGUAACCUUGACCUGUGAACUUUCGUCAAUCUGAUCUGUGAGAUACCUCUUGAAUUUUAAUUCUUAUA